AAGGAGGCCAGAAGGAGGGAGGCGGCCCGGGUGUCGCCGUCUGCGUCCCCCCAGCUUCCCAGUCGCGCAUUCGCGGCCGCCGCCUGCGAGCAGCGGGGCCGGGGCCCCAGACCGUGCGCAGAGCCUGCGCUCGCGCGGUCCCCCCGCGGCGGGGAGCGGGGACCGAGGCCAAACGAAAGCUCCGGCCAUGGCCAUGGGGCUCUUCCGGGUGUGCCUGGUGGUGGUGACCGCCAUCGUCAACCACCCGCUGCUGUUCCCGCGGGAGAACGCCACGGUCCCCGAGAACGAGGAGGAGAUCAUCCGCAAGAUGCAGGCGCACCAGGAGAAGCUGCAGCUGGAGCAGCUGCGCCUGGAGGAGGAGGUGGCGCGGCUGGCGGCCGAGAAGGAGGCCCUGGCGCGGGUGGCGGAGGAGGGCAAGCAGCAGAACGAGACCCGCGCGGCCUGGGACCUCUGGAGCACGCUCUGCAUGAUCCUCUUCCUGAUGAUCGAGGUGUGGCGGCAGGACCACCAGGACGGGCCCUCACCCGAGUGCCUGGGCGGUGAUGAGGACGAGCUGCCUGCGCUGGGGGGCACCCCGCUGAGAGGCCUCACCCUGCCCGACAAGGCCUCCCUCAGCCACUUCUAUGAGCGCUGCAUCCGGGGGGGCACGGCAGACGCUGCCCGCACCCGGGAAUUCGUGGAAGGCUUCGUGGACGACUUGCUGGAAGCCCUGAGGAGCCUCUGCAAUCGGGACACAGACAUGGAGGUGGAGGACUUCAUUGGCGUGGAUAGCAUGUAUGAGAACUGGCAGGCGGACAGGCCGUUGGUGUGUCACCUCUUUGUGCCCUUCACGCCCCCAGAGCCCUACCGCUUCCACCCGGAGCUCUGGUGCUCCAGCCGCUCUGUGCCUCUGGAUCGCCAGGGCUACGGCCAGAUUAAGGUGGUCCGGGCUGACAGGGAUUCCCUGGGCUGUAUCUGCGGCAAGACCAAGCUGGGGGAAGACAUGCUCUGUCUCCUCCACGGCAAGAACAGCCUGGUGCAGCCCAGUGGCGAGAUGGAAGACCUGCUGUGUGCUAGAGAUUCCCCGUACCUGGACACGAUGCAGGUCAUGAAGUGGUUCCAGACGGCCCUCACCAGAGCCUGGCACCGCAUUGCCCGCAAGUACGAGUUCGACCUGGCCUUCGGCCAGCUGGACAGCCCAGGGUCCCUCAAGAUCAAGUUCCGUUCAGGGAAGUUCAUGCCCUUCAACCUGAUUCCUGUGAUCCAAUGUGAGGACUCAGACCUGUACUUUGUCUCCCACCUUCCCAGGGAGCCCUCCUGGGGGACCUCGGCCUCCAGCACUGACUGGCUUCUGUCCUUUGCAGUCUAUGAGCGACACUUCCUCCGAACAACCUUAAAGGCGCUGCCCGAGGGUGCCUGCCACCUCAGCUGCUUGCAGAUCGCCUCUUUCCUGCUCUCCAAGCAGAGCCGUCUGACCGGCCCCAGCGGGCUCAGCACCUACCAUGUAAAGACGGCCCUGCUGCACCUCCUGCUGCUCCGGAAGGCCACCGACUGGAAGGCCGGGCAGCUCAGUGCUCGUCUGCAAGAGCUGCUCUGCUUCCUGGAGAAGAGCCUGCUCGAGAAGAAGCUCCAUCACUUCUUCAUCGGCAACCGCAAGGUGCCCGAGGCCAUGGGACUCCCUGAGGCCUUGCGCAGGGCUGAGCCUCUCAACCUCUUCCGGCCUUUUGUCCUGCAACGAAAUCUCUACCGUAAGACAGUGGACUCCUUCUAUGAGAUGCUCAAGAAUGCCCCAGCACUCAUCAGCGAGUAUUCCCUUCAUGUCCCUGCAGAUCAUGCCAGCCUGCCCCAAAAAGCUGUCGUCUUGUAGAGCACAUGAGACCCAGGAUGCCAGGAUGAGGGCAACACCCACGUUCACACCUGGGGCAUCUGCAAGCCCUGUCCUGGGAACAAGGCAGGCUUUGGUGGGAGCCACGGCUCAGCCUGCCAGGAAGCCAGGCCCCACAAUGCGGAGAAAAUGAUACAACUGGAAGCAGGUUUGCUUUCAUGCCUUUGGGGCCUGUUGGUAAAGCUCUUAUUUGGGUUUGGGGACUGAUCCUUUACAGCUUACUUCUGGAUCACCACAAAUGGCCAAGAUGAUGAAAGAACACUGUGGACACUGAACAAUGCAGUCACUGGUUUCUGUGUAAUUCCUUUUCCAUCCAAGGUCCAGUCUGUACUUGAAUAACAGCAGAGGAUCUACAAGAAUGCUGACAGGGACCUGUUUCAUCACCCCAAUCCCAGGAACUCUUGGCCCCAGCCAUCUGCAGCCAAAGCACUAACAGGGACAGAACCUUUGAUCCACACCCCGCACAACAAUAGGGCUGUCACUGUGGCUGCCACUUUUUUAUACUAUUUAGAGAAAAGACCUGUUAGAGAUUUGAGGUCCCAAGGCUAAUGUCUGUGUCACAUGGGAAUGGGUACUUGAUGGCAGAGAGAAGCUUGGAGUUAGCUGCCUUUCAGCUACACUUCUCACUCGUGUGCACCCCCCUCCACUCGGUGUGCCAUGUCCCGAGCACCAUGGGUGUCAUUUACCAUGCUGGGUGCCAGCUCAGCAGCCCCUCACAGCUGGUCUCUCUGACCACCAGUGUGGUAGGGGGAGGGUAGAGGCUGACGCUGGAAGCUGAUCUAGAGAAAGAGAUGCACAGACAGGUGUGACUGGGGCAAAGGACAGAGCCUGGUACCCAGGGUGCUGGGAUCUGGCUUGCAGUCUGGCCCAGUUCAAAGGAAGUUGCAGAGCCCAGGGCCGAGGGAUGCUGUAGCCCUGGAUUGUCUCGGGGUCCCAAUCCUAGGGCAGGGUGUGCUUGGAAGCAAGAGCUGCUGUGGAAACCCAGCUCCAGUCUGCAGGCCCCAAGUCCCCCCAGUUCCUCACUUCAGCGGGGCUCCCUCACUGCCCAGAACCCACCUUACUGCAUGGGCCUUGCUGAUCACACAGAUCACAAAGAGCGGAGGCUCAGCUGGCUGGGACCCACAGGGUCAGCACUGUGGGCACAGCCCUCAGGCCUCAGAGAUGACACAUUGGCACUGCUGGGGACUGUGGUCACUGGGUGGGUGCCAGAGCCUGCAGCUGGAGCUGGACUGCAGCUCCAGGUCUGGUUCAAGAGGGUCAGGAAGCCUCUUCUCCACCUGUGGUUUCACUGGCCCUUUGAGAUUUCCUCUUUCAACAUCACCUCAGUAACCCUUGCAGAGGGCCAAGGAGGAAACACAAGAGUUAAGACUAUACCCGUGUUCUCCCUCCAGCCACACCACUUCCUCCUCCAGGCGCAGCUACAGCUCCAGGGUUUAAGCCAGCCACGUCUCCCAGACAGCAUACCCAACUCGACAGGGGUGCCCAGGUUCACUGUGAACUGAAGAAAGCCGCUCCUUCCCCUACCCACUGGAGUCCUCUCACCUAGCCUUGGAAAUCUCAGGAAGAUGGACCAUUUGCCCGCUAGAGUUAAUUCACAGUGGGGAGGCGUGGCUGUGGCCAGGGCAACACAGCCUAUAGGAAGCCUUCUUGUGUGAGUGGGAGUUAGACUGAGCACAGGCUUGGGUCUGCCCCUCCCCAGCCUCCCAGCCACCAGCCGGGCACUCCAGGGGAUAAACCUGCUCAAGUGUGUCUCUAACAACAGCCCUGAGCACCAGACCCCCAAUUCCAUCAAAUGCAUUUCUAGAAUCAGAGCAAAUUUCCUUAUUUAUUAUCACCCUUGCCUUUCCCCUCUUCAUCCUGAUCCCGCUGUGCUUUGAAGAGACCCCAGCAACCAAAAACUAUCCUCCAGAAGCCAAGACCAAGCCUGGAUCUCCCUCUGCUUCCCCUCUGCUUCCGGGAGAAAGUUCGCUGUAAAAAUACUUUCUGGCUUCUUGUUUAUUUUAUACAGAGACUAUAGAACUCGGUGGGGAAACAGCAAUCUUUUGUGCACCAAAGCUGCUUCUGAAGCAGAAAGCAGUGGGGCUCUUGGUGUUUCAUGCUGCCUUAUUUAUAUUAAAGGAAGAAUUAAAUCUUGCAAGGAGUAGAGACAAUCACAGUGUUUGUUUUUAACUUCAGGAAAUCUGUGAGGUUCCCAGGGCAGAGUUGGGGAGGGGGUGGAUUUCCUAUUGACUAUUGACAAGAAGCUUUCACUCCCCUUUUAUUCUUACACUUUCAGCAAACUUUAAAAAAUAACAAAAUAGAAUAUUCCUAGCCUGUCUUUGAGGCAACUUGUAUGGUGCCCACAGAGUUCCAGAAAGGGCCUUUGAAAGCCAAUCGUAGGGCAAGCUGAUUCGAGCCCAAGACCUUAUUUUACAGAGCUGAUGUGUGCUAAGAAAUGUAGCAGCCGGAAGUAACAGGAAGCUUUUGGUUUUUGAAGAAAAAGAUUGUCUUUUAAAUGGAAGAUUUCUAGUCCUUUAGAGCACUUUGGCCAUUCCACUCACAGCCCCCACCCUCUUUCUCCAAGGAAUCUUUUUUCCUUCCCAAGGAUUCUGGGCUUUACCCAGCAUCUGCUCACAUGCUUUGCAAAAUGCUCUAGGGCUGUAUUUGCUGCAUCUCCUGACAAGGGUGAAAUGAACAGGGCUGGCUCAAGGCCAAGAGAUUGGUUAACUUGGAGGAGGGCCCUGUGUCCUCAAAAGUGCCAGCCCAUCUUCAUGCCUUGCUGAAGGAAACAGCCCUGGUUGAGAACCCGUGACUAGCGCUCUGGUUCAUAACCAAGGGUGUCAUCCAAAUCACCUAGUGAUCCUGGUCAAUUGCCCAGACCCCACCUUGAACCUACGUGGUGCCCAGAAUUCAAUCUGGAGUGGUUGGGCAAGGCUCUAUCUUUAAAACUUCCCCCAAGUGACUGAUGGCACCCCUAGUUGAGGAAGCCUUCUCACUUCCCUUCCAAAUGGAAAGUUACAGAAAACCCAAGUGGACUCCUUUCCCUACGGAGCUACUGGAAGAUAGACCUGGGAGCAUCCAAUUACCCUGCUUGGGAUCUGUGAUCCGAGUGGCAUCGGCUUCACCACAGGCUUCUCUAGAGCACACCCACUCACAGUAGAUGUGAGAAGCAGAGAGAGGACAGGGGAGGCAAAAGAUGGUGAGUACGUCUUCCUCGCUGGUCAGUAAUAGUCCACAGGCAUUUAUGGGGAGCCUCACAUGCGCAAGGCACUGUGGAAGACAGACUAAUGAAUAGGACCAAGCCUGUGCCCCUGGGAGGGACUGCAUAAGGUGGCCUUCCCAGUACUCGCCUAUCAACAGCACCACAAGAAGGAUCAAAAUGCAGUGCUAAUGGGUUCAAAGAAGACCAGUGAGGGCCUAUUUCUCCAAGUGUAACCCUGCACUACACAUACGGGUCUCACCUGGGUGCAGGUUCAUGGCCAUGCCGCAGACUUUGGUGGAAUCUGUAGAAGUUGGACACAGGAAUCUGCAUUUCACCAGCUUCCCCGGGUGAUGCAGGAAGUCCAAGCACCACUGAUACCUGAGGUGAUUAGGGAAGGCCUCGUGGUGGGGUGCUGCCCAAUACAGCCUCUGAAAGACGGGUAGGACGGCGACCAGGAAACGCAUUCCGGCCAGAACCAUGGGGUGAAUGUGGGAAGGCGAAGAGGCAGGCAGCACUGAAGCAGCACCUACCGUGUACCAGGCACCCUUCUACGCACACUUAGGUAUAUUAACUCACGUAAUUCCAUGCCAGUCCUGUGAGAUGAGUGCUGUUCUUACCCUCCCUGUUUUCCAGAUGAGGAAACUGAGGCACAGAAAGGCUAAGUGGCUUGUCUAUGGUCACACGGUGGUAAGUAACAAAGCCAGGAUUCCAACCCAGACAGUGCUGGCAUAUAUGUUGGUAUAUACUGAGAAAUUGUGGCAAAUAAGGUUGCAAAAGAGUAGGGCUGAACCACGGAAACCUUGAACACUAAUCUAAGGCAAAUGUGGACUUCAUGCAACAAGCAGUGGUGAGCCAUGGGUGGUUUUUGAGUGAGACAGCAACUUGAUUCACCCCACAACUAUGGAGUUCUUAACUGUGAGCAGCCCCGCGCUCAGUGCUGUGGGAUAUAUGGCCAGCUUCCAGAGCAGGGUUGGCGGCAGCUGGCAGUGGUCAGUGAAUAUGCAGGAAGUCCUAACUUGAGUCUCUCCCAGGCUGUGAUUCAGAACGUUCUCAUGGUCCGUCUAGUCUCGGCCUCGUGGGACAGAGCUGGAAGGCUGUUUGGUUUGGCCAGGGGACGGAAGGCAGAGGCAGCCAAGAAGCACACAGCAAAGGGCAGCAGUGCCCUCACCUCGCCUUGGCUGUCCCCUCCACCACCUGGGAGGGGCCUCUUCUAGAGUUAACUUUUCUCACUGCCUUCCAAAGAUAGGUUGCUUGUUUAACUAGUUUGAUUUUUUUAAAACAAAAACAAUAGAGUCAUAAUAAAAAAAUUCAACUACUGACAGAAAAAUUAAGUAACAGACUAAAGGUCCCCCUCCCAACUUCUCAGUCCACUCCCCAGAGAUAACCAAUAUUAAAUUUCUUGUGCAUCCUUCAAGAUUUUUUUUAUGUAUGUGUACGUGUUUUUGAACAUCUCUGAGGUUUAUGUGGUUCCAUCUUUUGGGAGCUAAUUUGUUGUUGACAGUUUUACUUUCUGGUUUCUUUGUGGAGCUGCAGAGAAACAUUAAAGGAUGGAAAAUGCCAUUUUCACCUAUAAAGCGGAGCCCCACAUUGUGCAGGAGAAAAUAAAAGAUGAUCCCUUUUGUUCCUUUUUACAUAAAUGGUAUCAUACCGUCUAACUUUCCUUGGAUAUCUUUUUGAACAUUAGGUUCUACCUUAUUCUUCAAAACAGCUGCUUAUUAUCUCACCGUCUGUGUGCAUGUACCCUAAUUUACCCAGCCUCCCCUGUGGAGGAGUAAGUUGUCUCCACUUUUUUGCUAUUAUAAACAAUACAGCAGUGAACAUCUCUGUGCACAAAGCCUGUUUGAAGUGAUCCCUCCUCUCCUGGUAGUCACUGCAUUCUGUCCUUACCAACUUGCUGUAUAUGGAUUCACCACCAAGCACCUUACAUAAACAGAACUACUGCCUGGGAUUUAUUCCAUCAUCCUGACCAAAGAGUGAGGAAAAGGUAUUUAACCAAGUACUGAGCAACACCAUGUGCUAGAUCCACCUGGCUCAGGCACUACAUGGAGAACAAAAGUAUAAGACAAGGGCUCUGUCCCCAAGGAACUAGGUCUAUAGGAAGACAAGACCAAUGGCUGCAAAAUAGUCAAGAUCAAAGAAGGAUGCUAAGUAACUCAAAGUGAAAUUGUGUGGCUCUGAGGCCUGCAGGAGGGGAAUAUGAGAACAACCAGAUUAGCUUUGAGUUUGAGCUAUAACAGUUUAACUCCCUAAAACAUGAAGAGCCUUCCCAAAGAAAAUCAAAUCCACGUAAUUGUUCUGUCUCCCAGAUGCUUGACCUCUAUUCAUCUGAGCCCAAGCCCAGUUUAUUUGCUCCUGCACAACGUAGGGCUCUGCUUUAACGGUGAAAAUGGCAUUUUCCAUCCUUUGAUGUUUCUCUGCAGCUCCACAAAGAAACCAGAAAAUAAAACUGUUGACAACAAAUUAUCUCCCAGAAAGAUGGAACCACAGAAACCUCAGAGAUGUUCAAAGACAUUUCUUCUUUUCUUGAUGGGAACGGGUAGGUCUUAAAAGUGCAAAGUGAGAUUUGCAGAACAAGAGUGGGGUAGGAAGUCAGGAAGAGUUCUGUCAUACCUGUUCCUUUCAAACCCACUGGUCAGUGAUAUUUGGAGUGAGCUUAUUUAGAAUAGAAAUGAAAAGCAAAGACCCACAUCUUGUUUCUUCUCAUCAGCCACCCUUGGCUGUCUUCCCAACUGGCCAGAGAUGACUGGCACAGCCCCCAUGGCCUUAUUGGAUACUUACUCCUGAAGAGUGGACUGGGCUAUGAUAGACCAAAGGUCUCCUGGGACAGCAGUUGGACCCCCAAGGACUGACGAUGGCCUUGAGUCUCUUCCCAAAGGCAUGGCUAGUGCUGAAUCAGCCUCAGGGGUCUGGAAGCUGCAGGUCAGCCCCAAGAUCUCCCAGCCCAGGACAGUGAGUCAGCCCAUAUGUACCCCACAUACCCCCACCGAGGAAUCAAGUGAGACUACAGCGGAUGCUGUAAGUAGAACCAGAUUCAAGGCCAGGGAGGAGGUCGGUGGUGUUCAGCCCUGUGGAUACUCACAGCCUUGCCCGGUGCAGUUCCUAAGAAGCCGUCUCCGCGGAUUUGUUAACUCUUUUUGGCAUUUUAUAAUCUGGCCAGGCAGGAAAGCUACACAAACUCCAUGUGUCCAGAACAAGGCAAGACAUCACCUCAAGCAGCAAGGUUGCUCAGCCUGAACAUUUAAUGAUCCAGAAAGGAACAAGGUAGAGCAGCCCCCUGCCUUCUCUCCAUAUGUCCACUCAACGUGGGGGCUGCACGUGAGGUCCUGCCCACCAGGUCCCAGACUUCCCCCAUGACAAAGCCAGUGCCAAGGGCAAUGAGACUGAGAGACUCAGAAUAAGCAGCACAGGGGCUAACAGCAUGGUCCCAUUUUACAGAUAAGAAACUGAGGCUCAUAGAGGUCAAGCAACUUGCCCAAGGAACUUAAUGAGUGGCAGAGCCAGGAUUUGAACACAGUGUAUCUGACCUCCAAGCCCUGUUCUUAACCGUUAUGGUACACCACGUCUCUUUACAAAAAGAAGAGUUUUGAUCUGAACCUUGCAAGAGAAAAAGCUGGUUGGAAGAAACUAGUAGGCUGCUCUGAAAAAGAAUAGCAUGUGGAGGAAAUAGCAUUUGUGAAGGCUCAAGAGCCAGGGAUAAGGGCAAAAUGUUUGAAAAGACCCAAUGGCCAGCCUUCCGGGCACUCAGAAGUGAAGAUGAAUGGGAAAUUAGUAUGUGGAGCCCCCAAAGAGAAGACUUUUGUUUUGGCAACCCAGAAACUUGCACCAAGAGCAAUUUGGUCUUAUGCCAAGCACUCGCUAGCAUGCAGGAUUUACACCUGCCAAGGCUGAUCAGCCCCCUAAGUCCUAUGAGAGGCCACAGGAGACGAUUCUCCUCUUUCUGAGCAAAGAUCCCAGGGAAAUGGUGAUUCACAGACUUCACUCUGCAUUAACUCGGUGCCAUGGCAACAGGGCACCACAUCCGGAGCAGAUGGUAUGGCAGACUGCUCCCGUCACGUGGCGCCUCUUCUGGAAGGCCAGGCCACCUCACCAAAUGGGCUGUCCAACUGGCACGGAGUAACACCUGGUAACUAUUUACAUGGGUCAAAAUAAGACCAGAGCCAGCAGAUGGCAGGGCUGGGAUGAGCCGUGCGAGAGAAGAGGGCUGGUUUGGGUUGCGGCAGAGGAAGGGGCAGCCGACAGCUCUUCAGUGGGCACAGACAAGGCAAAGCAUCACUCUCGUUGCUGCCUGGCAUUUCAGCAUGGCUGGGAGCGCAGAAAAAGAUUCAGCAUGAGCAAAGUUGAAAUGAUCACAGGCUAAUCCCUAGACACUGAGAUGGAACAGCAUUGGACAGACUCCGUCCCUCUCCAACAGGGCAGGUGGGAGAAGCGCCCAGGCUGAGGCACCUGCCAGCACCUGGCCAUGCUCAGCUCUUCACUGCCUUCAGUGGGGCAGGAGGGGUGGCACCAAGCUGAGACAAGCAUUCCCUCUGCAGGGUGAGCAGCUCCAAAGUACUACGUUUAAAACCUCAACCAAGAUGAGUGGAGAGAUGGGGAGGGCAGGGCACAUGUACUUAUCAAAUGUGUCCCCUGCCCGGCCCUGGCCUUGGUACAUGACAGGCAACCCGAGGCAUCUGUUGGGAUGAUUGGAAAGUGUGUGACGCAAAUCAACAGGGUGACCUUUGCCUGUGACUGGGUUCGGGGCGUGUAUUAUUUUUUAAGGCAGGAUGCCGGCUAUAGAACAUUUUGUGAGACAUCCUGAGCCCUGACAGCACCAGUGACAUUCGGACGUAGUUAGUCCAGGGUGAUAAACGGGUGUCUCAUUUCCUGCUUUGGAAUUCUUUCCACUCACAAGACCCUCGGUGUCUCCCAGGCCCAUGGCCAAAGCCUGGGAGAGAAACAUACUUAUGCACGCCCACAUGGAUGACCGCGUUCAUUGGCCAAAUGGAAGGUAUUUGGGUUUAGAGUGUUUCCUCCUCCUUUCUCCCUCUUCUCAAGCCCUCUCACCAGGGAAGUUUUGGGAGGGUACCCAUCUGCAGUGACAAACGUCAGUCAUGGGAGGACCCUGAGCCUUGGCAUCAGCACCAGAGUGCUAAUAAGUAUAUUAUUGUCAAUAAUCCGGAGGUCAACUGGGCUGAAGGCCAAGGAGCCGGAAGGCACACAGCCUCCCAAAAUGCGCUCGGACGCGUGCACUGGGCACUGUCUAGUGACUCUAGAGAAUCGUUAGAAGCUCCAGGCCAGAGGAGUCAGACAAAUAAUUAUCAGAAAGAAUACAGUUUCUGUUUUCAUUUUUAUUGGGAACCUCAAGGAAAGGGACAGAGACGGAUUGAUUCCCAAGACAAUCCCUGAUGCAGGAUCAUGACAAGCUUGGGAAUUCUGGAUGAUGACGGGGGGAACUGCGGGCUCAGCAUAGCCCAUAGUCAAAGGCAUUAGGGUUGUUCCGAAAAUAGAGACUCAAGUAGCCCUGGAAGAUGCCCUUAUCCGUGAGAAGAGCACACACCGUGGGGUCCUGCUUCAUGGCCGAGAUCCAGAGCCGGAGGCCUGGGGUGUGGCUCACACAGCUGCAAGACAGGAGAGAAGUGUCAGCACACCAUGAAGGCGUCAGGAGCGGGACAGGGACUGCUUUUUUCAGAUUUACAAGAUGUGACGAGUGGGUUUAUUUGGGGAAUAAAGUUAUCUCAUUACCAAGUGAA